AAAAACACACCGAAGGGUUUGGCUUUUUAUUUUUCAGUGGAGUGUUCCUUUAGCAGAACUGGUGGCUGCUGAUCACGGAAAACAGAAGACUGGCUCAGUUGCACCAUCAUCAUCAUCAUCAUCAUCAUGAGGUUCUGACAGGUAUCGUCUGUGACCGCAGCUCACACCUGUUGCGCACCGGGGACGAACAGGUAGGAAGCCUGAAGGCGCAGGAGAGGGCGGGCUAACGGGGGCGGCUCCCGGCGACGUUUCCAGCCAAUCAGCGGCCAGGGAAUUGGACAGCGGCUGUCCGGCUGCCAGCUGAGGUUCAGGUCAGAGACCGAGCAGCUUUGGGAGUUUUCAGAUCCAAGCGAGGAAAAGUUUUGACAGGUGAUCCUGCGUGUGGCUCCAGUCCGCGGCAGUUCGGUUGUCAGCUCAGCUUGUGUGGACUUUUUCUGCGGGUGAGAGGCUGUACGAUCCUCGGCAGUGUUCUGAGACUGUACGGCCCCGAUCCCCUCCAGCCUGGACCUCACAGACCCCUUUAAUGGACUAAGUUCGCAGGUUUAAUGACGUGAUCCUUCAGAGGGCUCCUGACCUGCGCACUUCUAUGUAAUACCUGCAUGUUGAACUAGUUUUGACCCCAAAAUUGGACUUAACUUAAACUGUCGGGGGAUUACAACACUGUGAUUGUUCGCAAGAGAAAGCAUGACGGCUGAUAAGGAGAAAAAGAGGAGUAGCUCAGAGCGGCGUAAGGAGAAGUCUCGCGAUGCAGCUCGCUGCAGGCGCAGCAAAGAGACAGAGGUUUUCUAUGAGCUGGCUCACCAGCUGCCACUGCCCCACAGCAUCAGCUCACACCUGGACAAGGCCUCCAUCAUGAGGCUGGCUAUCAGCUUUCUUCGCACACGCAAGCUACUCGCCACAGGCUGCAGCAACAGCAACGAGGACAGACAGAUGGACAGCCUGUACUUGAAGUCUCUGGAGGGUUUCGUCACCGUGGUAACGUCAGAUGGCGACAUGAUAUUCCUGUCUGAGAACAUCAGCAAAUUCAUUGGACUCACUCAGGUGGAGCUCACUGGGCACAGCAUCUUUGACUUCACCCAUCCAUGUGACCAUGAGGAGAUCAGAGAAAACCUCAGCUUGAAAACAGCCGGCAGUGGCUUCUGUAAAAAAGGCAAAGAGCUGAGCACUGAGCGAGACUUCUUCAUGAGGAUGAAAUGCACGGUGACCAACAGAGGACGCACUGUCAACCUCAAGUCAGCCAGCUGGAAGGUGCUGCACUGCACCGGACACCUGAAGAUGUACAACAGCUGUCCUCCCCGAGUUCUGUGCAGCUUCAAAGAGCCGCCGCUCACCUGUGCUGUCCUGAUGUGUGAACCCAUCCCACACCCGUCCAACAUCGACACGCCGCUGGACAGCAAGACCUUCCUGAGCAGACACAGUAUGGACAUGAAGUUCACCUACUGUGACGAGAGGGUAACAGAGCUAAUGGGGUACACACCUGAUGAUCUGCUGGGUCGGUCAGUCUACGACUUUUACCACGCCCUGGACUCAGACAGCAUCACCAGGAGCCACCACAACUUGUGUACCAAGGGUCAGGCAGUGAGCGGUCAGUACCGAAUGCUGGCUAAGAACGGAGGCUACGUCUGGGUCGAAACCCAGGGAACUGUUAUUUACAACAGCCGCAACUCCCAGCCUCAGUGCAUCGUGUGCAUAAACUAUGUCCUCAGUGACAUUGAGGAGAAGUCAAUGAUUUUCUCCUUGGAGCAGACAGAGUCUCUGUUCAAGCCACGCUUCUUCUCUGCUGGAGGUGCAGGUGAGAGCGGAGAGCCAGGAGAUGCCCUUUUCAAUAAACUCAAAGAGGAGCCGGAGGACCUGGCCCAGCUGGCUCCUACACCUGGAGACACCAUCAUUUCCCUGGACUUUGGUUGCCCUCAGUUCAAGGAGCCCCAGCAGCCAGUGGGAUACACCCAGGUGUCUGCUGCAGCUCUGCUUCCUCUGGGAACACCAUCCUGGGCCAGAGAGAACCACAAGCCUGCCCCUCCGGCAUCAGGCCAGACCUCAGCUCCAGUGACAGGGGACAUGGCUAAAGUGGCUGGCACGCAGAAUCUGCCGCCAGGCAGCGCCACUCCGAGCCUCAGCACCUGCUCCACGCCCAGCAGCCCCGAGGAUUACUACAGCUCAGCGGACAGUGACCCGAAGAUGGAUCUGACUGAGAAGCUGUUUGCCCUGGACAAAGAGGGCAACAACGGUCCUGCAAACACUGAGAUGGACUUCAGCAACUUGGAUCUGGAGACUUUGGCUCCUUACAUCCCCAUGGAUGGAGAGGACUUCCAGCUGAAUCCCAUCAUCCCAGAAUCAGAGCCCCUGGAGGGAGGGCCAGUAGCAUCCAUGGGGAGCAGCAGCAGCCUGGCCCAAACUCAUCGAGCCACCCAGCAGUUCUUCAGCAACAUCGCCAGCCUCUUCCAACCGCUGUCCUCCCAUCCUCAGCCUCAAGGCCACUACCAGCCCCAUCCAGCUCCCCCCUGGGCUGCAGGGGAGAAAAGGAGCUCCCGCCAGGGGGCUGGGGGCCUCCGUGCACAGUAUUACAUGAUGGGGCACAUGCAGAGUCCCCCAUACCAGGCUCCAGCUAGCAUCCCGCUGUCCUCCAUGGGUGGCAGACAAAAUCUACAAGGGGGGGACAGACAAAAUCUACGGGGCCCGCCGGCCCCGUUGAUACCCUCCCAACCGCCGCCACCGCGAGCCACCAAGGCCUACCUGAUGGACACACUGAGGACAGGACAGGAGCAGCCAUCCUGCCAACAGAACAUGACACAUCUCAUGCAGAGGUCCAAUGGUAACUUUGUACAAGCCUACACAGACAUGAGUCUAGCCAGAGUGGCCAUGACCAACAGUAUCAAGCGCUCCUUCACCCAGAUGGCUGUGGGUGAAAAUAAACUUCCAGAAAUAAUUUGGAAGAAGAUGAGGGGUGACAGUUGUAUCGCCAUGGAUCGUUCUCUAAGAGCAGGCUCACUGACAGGCUCAGGGAUGGGCAGGAUGACGCCAAGCAGCAUGUCUUCAGUUCUCAGCUCUCUGCAACAACACAGGAAGUCUCAGUAUCCAGGAAUUGAGAUGGGUGGUGCAAAUGAGAAAGCCUUUCCUCAAAAGAGCUGCAUCUACACCGAGUAUAACACCAUGCCUUCUAACAAGACUGAGGGUAUAGCUAGUCGUCUGCUGGGGCCUUCGUUUGGGCCCUCCUGUCUGCCAGAGUUGACCCGUUACGACUGUGAGGUCAACAUCCCACUGCAGGGCAACCUGCACCUUCUCCAGGGCUGUGACCUGCUGAGAGCCCUGGACCAGAUCACCUAGAGCCCUAGAUUCAAACCCAGCCACAGACCCGGACUUAAACCCCCAGCCCUGACCAUCAACCUGCAUCCUGAGACUUGAGCCUCUCUUCACCUCUGGGCCUUUUGAAAACCCUGAGUCUAAGCUACUUUUAGGGAAUCGUAUUCCCAGCCACAUUCUGCCUUAUCUAGCUGAGCCCCACACUCAGUUCUCUGUCCCUUUUGCAGCUCUAUACCAAGACCAUCUUAACAAGCUGAGAUGUCCGGCUCAAGCCACUUUCACCUACUUUCUGCCCAGCUCUCGACUCAGGUUUGAUGCAGGUUGACCACCAGUGUACUAAAGUUGCCCAGCAUUGAGCCAACCACAUAGACAACCCUUACACAUGAGAUAGCAUGGUCUCUUAGUGAAAAAGGUCAACAAGGGACAAUUAACUUACAGCGUACCAAAUGAUGCAACACGCUGCCUGAUAUGUGUCUGUUGCUGGCACUAGGAUGUGCCCGGUUUGGUCUUUCAUAGUUCAGCUCAGUAUUCAGACACACUGGCUGUAAGCAGGGUAAUUAGGUGUGGGAUUCAAACACACAAUCUCCCCAGCCAUUCGCCUUCCGACCACCAGCUGGUUCCUGCCAUGACUUAGCAAAGUGGGGAUCCACGACCGUGCUACACAACAGGCCUAGGAUUCAAACCUACGAGCUGCGUCUUCUCCAGAACCACACCCUGAAAUCAACUGCGUGCAGCCCAGUCCCCAGGCCUACUGUCUCCCUAUCACUUCACUCAUUUCAGCUCAGAGGAAAAAAUAUUAUACUACCUACAUUUUAACAGAGACACUGUUCUUUUACUCACUAUACUGUGUCUGACCAGCAACCAGGCCCAGGCCACUUUUCUAGAACCAGUCAAACAGUUGGGUAUCAUGACCUGGUUCAAAAUUGCAGCCAUUUUAAAAUUAAUAAUAAUUCCUUACAAACCCCACACAUUGAUUCUGCUUAUCGAUCCCCAAAGAUGAGUCAAUCACUGCAAUGCACUUUAGAGUGUGGCUGAAUAAUGUGUGCCACAGAUGAAUGAAUUCAGGUAGCGUUAUUUUCCUUUAGCACAGUAUAAGGCUGGUAUUAGCAGUAGUUCACUGUCUUUUCCCUGUGAUCACUUAAAAUUGCUUUCAAACUGGAGCAGCUCUUUCUUCUUUGAAUCUUUAAGAUGAAGUUACUUAGACAGUUGUUAGAGGUCAGAUGGAAUAAAACAUCAAAAAUUUGACAAAUCUGAAAAGAAACGGAAGUUUGUCAGCACCAUUUGCUCAACUCAAAAACGUCAUUAACUUGCAUAUGGUUAUAAGACUUUUUCUUUUUUUGGAAACAUAAAACAUUGCAUUUCUGCUUAAGCUAAAGGUGUUUUUCCAUUAAAGUCAGAAUAAUUAGAAUCAAUAAGCAGAAUCAAAGUGAUGCCCACCUCUGCUCAAAGCUUCCACAUCGCCACACAGACACACUCGGACACAGUGGACCUGCCUCUUCCUGCCUCCCACCUGAGGAGGAGUCGGAUUCUCACAACAAACUGCUUCACAUAAGCAUCACAACUGUUUAGGCCCUUUAAAUAACGCUGAUCGUAUUGUUAUCAUAAUUGGUCUAUAAUUCUAUUGAACUGAGACAUUUUAGCUUUUACCGGCUCUUCCCACGUUAUUUAAUCUAAAACAACGUGACACUUUACCACAGUAAUACUGCUCAUUUAUUUCUUACUCAACCUACCAGAUUUUUAUUUUUUGCCUGUCACAGACACUAAUAAACAUAUUGUUAUACAUGUAUUCUACUAUAAGUUGAGUAAUUUUUCUUAUCUAAACAUGGUUCUUGUCUGAGUUAAGUAGCUUGUGUGGCUAUUUUUUUUCUUAUUGUGCAAUUUCUUCAUUAAAAGCUAAAGAUGAUAUAAUCAGCAAAAAGGUUGCCUUAUGCACCAAACUCAUAGCUUGUACAAAGGAGCCUGGCUUACACAAGAGUUCAUGUGAUUAUAUGUUGUGGUCUUACCCACGCGUCACACCAUACAGAAAACCAGAGGUGUGUGCAGACUGUCUAGGCAGCAGGUGCGAGGAUGGAGAAGGGAACCUCUCCCACACACAGGUUCAGUUUCUCGGUUCCCGGGCUGGGAAAACCAUAGAUGUUGGAUUUGUGUUGGGCCUCUUGAUCCCUCUCUGUUGCAUUUUCCCCUACAGUUAUUGGUUUCCAUUAUGUACAGUAUAAGUGUCAGUUAUCUGGCCCGAGAAUCUUGCUUCCUGUAUUGCAGGCCUAUAAUCCCACACAGUAAAGAUCAAGUCACUCGUAACUUCAAGGGGUUACCCUCUUGAAUUGAAGUGCUAUAAUGUUCUGUCUGUGUUCCAGAGCCCA